UACCAAUGCAAACAAAUUGUAACCAAGAAUCGAAACGAUGCGAUAAACCACUAUAGUGUAGUCCAGGAUUCGCAGCACGGACUUAAACCAACCAAGGCAACAUUGGAGAGUACCUGCCUCGAUAUGAAACUACUCUUUCUUUUGCUGGGUUCUUUAGCUGUAUUAGUGACAUCAUCCCAACCAGAUGACCAGAAUGACGUCAUAAGGUUAAUAAAGGUGUGGGGGCUUAAUGAACAUCAUGGGCACCGCGAUAAAGGGCCUUUCAAAGAAUGCGUGAAAGGUUUCAAAGAAUGUGUAAGCAGUGGGAUUGGAGGUUUAGCUGACGAACAGUCUUGCAGGAUGGGGUUUUGCGACUGCAGGAAAAACGUGUGCCAAGCAUACUUCAAAAGCUGUGGAUCCAAUUCUUGGUGUUCUUUCAAUGAUAUCUGCUUCAAGUCUUCUGCUGCUUGUCGCUCUGAACCUAAGAAAGAGAGCAAGUGCAGAAGAAGUCUGAUGAAGUGUCUGAAGAGAUCUUCAAUGGACAAGACCCGAACAUACGAGUGCAUGAAGAUGUUUAAUGACUGUCUCUCCUAGAUGUCCUAGAUAGCCUGAUACUUCAUAUUGGACGAAUAUAAAAGUAACAUAAAAAGAUACAAUUAUAAACAAUAAAAGGGAAUAAAAAACCUAGCAAAAAUCGAAAACUGAGAAUUUUUCAAAAAAAUGCUUAGAAUAAUUCAGCCGAAUGAAUUUCGUUACCAGCCUACAUACAAUUACAAGCAAACACUGCCCGUCAURUGAUAUCAACCAGUAUCAACCAGCUGGAUGAAUCUCGUUACCAGCCUAUAAUGACAGGCAAACAUUGCCCUUCAUUGGCAAGUUCCAUAUCUAGUUCCAUAUCUAGUGAAGGUAUAAAAUAAACAUUAAAAA